AUGGAGGAGGACAGCGAAGACACAGGCUGCGAUCUACGAAGCCAACCGACGCCGCCGCGAAAGCCAAAUGAGAAGCCCGCAAAUCUCGGCUGCGCCCACCGCGCAACGCCAACGCCUAACCGUCCCCAACGUGUCUACGGUGUCAGCGGACACUCUGGGCGCCGAUUAGACGUGCUGGACAUCUUCGGGCCACCUGCAACGCUCGGACUGCACGAGCCGUCUUCUCUCCGUUCACCUUUCCCUCGCCUUCUAUGCCGUCAGCUAUCUCUGACAGCCCUCCCGAACCACUUCCAUUCUCCUCCUCUUCCUCCUUCUCCUCCUCCUCCUCCUCCGCCUCCACCACCACCACCACCACCAUAACCACCACCUCCUCCACCUCCGCUGCCUCAGAGUCUGCCGUUGCGGCGUCUGCCAUGCACAUCAACAUCACGCACAACCCUGCCACACCAACAAACAUCAACACGCCACCAUCGACACCAGUGAUGAGGGCUAGGACUACACCUGCCCUCACUGCGACCGAGGCUUCACCUCACAUGUCGACCUGGUCGGUCACUUUCGAAUCCAUCUUACAGAGACUGGCGAACCAGUGCCUAUGGGCCUAUUCGGUCACAUGCGCAUUCACGAAAACCUGCGGUAGACAACCUCCGGCUGGCAUAAACCCACGACAUUCUUCCUCACCAGCAUCUCAUCAGACAUCAGCAUCACCCACCACAUGCAUCGAAUCGAAUCCCCCAGCGCGAGUGGGAAGUGUGCGCCCCGACACGGUAUACGUGCAGAUCCUGUCGAUGGGCGACCCGAGCCGCGUCAAGGGCCGCAGAUUGGAGGACUGCUGACUGGCACCAUAGCUCAAUUCACGCAGUCCUUCCAGUCAUAUGUGUGUUUGUGUGAAGUGGUCCGCUGGUGGUCUGAAAGUCGGGCUGCAACGGCUACUUAUUAGUGAGGUCAUUAUGACACACUCACUGUGUGGGUUCCGAGCCGGAUGUAGGCGAUAUGCCUGGUUGUGGAUUCGAUCGUGCAAGCCUCCAUUAUCUGCUGUUGUUGUUGGUCAAAAACCUGGUUAUUCGUUGUGCGGACGAGGGGGUGUGGAGUGGAAAGCAUAAGUGCGAGCUCGACCGUGCCAUCCACCUGCACCUUCCAAAGUCUCAGGUCUCAUUGACUCCGUCUUCACACCGGGUCCAGGUGGGGGAGGGGGGAGAGCGUGGCAAACGCAGCGCAAGCCUUCUCUCAUUAUAGAUCCCGCGCAAAUCACCGUCCCUGCUCUCACCCUGCUGUGGAGUAUACGGUGGAAAUCGUCGCAUGCGACGACAGAAAUAUCGUGCGUGUGUGUGUGUGUGCUGCCUGGAGAGGAGUGCUGGGUGCCCAUGGUCUCCGCGGCUCAAACGACAACGGCCUGCUGCUUAUCUGCACCUGCGCAGAACAUCGCCUCAUCCUGAUGAGCACCUUCUUCUGUCUGCUGGAGCGAGAGGAGGUUACCUGGAGGCAUCCUCGGUCGCGUCAGUGGCACCUGCUGGACUAUGUCCUCGUCCGGAGGCGAGAUCAGCGGGACGCGCUGGUGACAAGGGCGAUCGCGGAUGCUGACGGGUGGACCGACCAUGGCCUCGUCAUCUCGAAGAUGCGUAUUCGCCUAGAGCCUCGCGGGAUACCACAAGGUAAGCGACUUCCAAGUACGCUGAAUAUUGCGUUGUUGUCUUUGCCCGCUCACCAUCUCCAUUUCAGCAGUAAACUAACUCAACGGAUAGACAACCUUCCAGUCGCUGCCGCCGCCUCCGCCGCCGCUGCCGAGAACGCCUCCAUGGAGAACCGAUGGUGA